AUGUCUGCCUCACCUUCGACCCUCCCAUCGACCAAGCGUCCUCUGGAGGACCCUUCCUCCCCUUCUGGUCCGAAUGACCAGCCCGAAGCGAAACGGCCGGCUCUGGACAAGGUGGUUCGAAGUGAUGACCACAAACGAUCAGAAUCGGAAUCGUCCGCUACGAACGGUGCCAGAGACACGCAGGGAGACACUGUUGUUGUCGACGCGCCCAAUGGCAAGGACAUCAUCGACACCCAGCCCAUCCAAUCGACCGCGUCGCAUGCAGACCGCGCGACAUCCCAACAACCGCAGACUCCCGCUUCGCAGGACGAGAGCUCUUGGAUUCACAUUCGCGCCGUCAUCUCCAGCCCAGAAGCCGCUACUUGUAUUGGCAAAGGUGGGGAAAAUGUCUCCCAGAUCCGUCGUCUUUCUGGCGCCAAGUGCACCGUUAGCGACUACUCUCGUGGUGCUGUGGAAAGAAUUUUGACUGUCAGCGGCCUCCAGGAUGCCGUCGCAAAAGCUUUUGGUUUGAUAAUCCGCACCCUUAACAAUGAACCUCUUGAUGCUCCUUCCACAGCCCAGUCCAAGACCUAUCCUCUGCGUCUCCUCGUUCCUCACAUUUUGAUUGGGUCCAUUAUUGGCAAAGGUGGUGUUCGAAUCCGUGAAAUCCAGGAAGCCUCUGGUGCGCGUUUGAAUGCUUCCGACGCUUGUCUCCCUCUCUCUACAGAACGUUCCCUCGUGGUUCUGGGUGUUGCUGAUGCUGUGCACAUUGCAACCUACUAUGUUGCUGUCACCCUCGUGGAGCAAUUGACAGAGCGUUUCGGCGGACCCGCUGCGUCUGCUUAUGCUACGCGCAGCGGUGGACCUGCGGGCGUUGUGCCUGGUGGUAUGCAAGUCGUACCAUACGUGCCCCAGCCCGCUGGUGGACAGUACGGCAACCCCGAGUCGUUCAAGAGACACUACCCUCAGUCCAACCGACCUCUUCCUGGCCCAUAUGGCGUUCCAUAUUCCCACGGCCCCUCUGCGCAGACUCCUGUAUCCCAGCCGCCUCUUCACUAUGGCGCCUCUCCUCGUGCUCCAUAUUCCGGCUCAGGUCCUCAGCAGCCUGCUCCCUAUGGAGCUCCCCAAGCCCAACCCCAUGCCCAUGCUGGUGCUCAGCCUCUUGCCGGAGUUGUUCCAAACCAGCCCAUCACCCAACAAAUCUACAUUCCUAACGACAUGGUCGGCGCUAUCAUCGGUAAGGGUGGUGCCAAGAUCAAUGAAAUCAGACAUCUUAGUGGUAGUGUGAUCAAAAUCAAUGAGCCCCAGGAUAACAGCAACGAGCGUCUUGUCACCAUUACUGGUACUCAAGAGUGCAACCAGAUGGCGCUGUAUAUGCUCUAUUCCCGACUUGAGAGCGAGAAACAUCGCAUCUAA